AUGAAGCUCAAGUUGAUGACGAGGAGUACGGAGAAAUUGAAAGAGACGCUUCUGCUCAUAUCACACCUCCGGAAGUUUAUCAUUUUGAAAUUCACCCCGACAGAGCUAUUUGUGAUUCUGGUCAACGGCAGCUCGGUCAGUCUGGAGUCUCAGGUAUGGUGCAACUUGCCCAUUGCACGUCAUUUCGAGACGAUUGAAAUUCUGAGCAUGAGGGAAAACAAUAUAUUGAUGGAGAUAAACAUUGACCUUUUGCUUCAGACGUUAAAGAACUUUGACAAGGCCAAUAGUGAAGGGUUGAACAUCAGGUUGCAGAAAACCGAUACCGCUGGAGAGCAAGGAGUUUCGACCAAAAACGGGAGGACGGCGUCGUUGGCUCUUUUUUAUUCUAACAUCAACAUCAAUUCGAAUGUCGUCAACCACACGUUUCGAAUACCGGUCAAGAUCUUGCGCGAAGCGCAGGAUAUGCUAAGGGAGCCGGCGCACACCGACCAAGGGUUGAUUAUGAAGCUACCGAACGAGUUUGUCACGAUGUUCAAAAGACUAGACAAGUUUAAAAAGACCUCGUUCAACGAUCGCGUGGUUAUACAAGCGAGCAAGAGCGACGGGGGGUUUCUACGGUUUGUUUUGGAGGAAGAAGGUAAAUUCAAAGUCACCAUGAGCUGGAACAACAAGUUGGAAGUACACAAACCGGCAAACGCUGACGCCGAGUCCUUAAGGGAGUCCUUGCACACAAUAAGUGUCAAUCCGGAAGCCGAAGAUGAUGGUCUUGACCAGCUUGAAACCUGUGUGAAAUUGAAAGACUGGCAACAAGCUUCGAGAAUAGUUGGUAAAUGUCGAACAGUGAUCUUGUAUAUUGCUCCGCGCAAAUGCAGUCUACAUUGUUUACUAGAUGAAACCGACGACGUAGAAUUGGUGUAUUAUAUAAACGGAGUACGACUGUAA